AUGUUCAGUAAAAGUUCACAGAACAUUUAUGUCCUAGUAGACCUAAAGAUGAAACAUUUGCCAUGGAAGCAUAUUGGGUUCUUGGUAUGUGGACUACCAGAAAGCAUCCCCUUAAAAUUAUUUCAAGGAUUUGAAAAAAAUGAUGAACAAUUCAUCAUAUUGACCAUUGUUUUCAUAGCCCAGACCACUGUGUCUCUGUGUUCUCGCGAGAGUGGGGACUUGAAGCUGCGUGCCCUGUCCCCACCCUUUCCCUUUUCCUUUUUAACGAACCUGAUUGCAGGUCUACUCCCCUCCUUUAUGCAGCCCCUGGAACUCAGCGGAAGCUGA